AUGGACCCAGCCUUGCACCAGGCGGCGGUGCACGGGAGCGUCGCAAGCCUGAGGAGGCUGGUGGCCGAGCGCCCCGGCAUCCUUGGUUCCAAGACGCCCCAUGGGAACACUGCGCUGCACAUCGCUGCCGAGCUCGGCCACGGCGGUUUCGCCGAGGAGGCCCUUGGUGUGGACGAGAAGCUACUCGUCAGCUGGAACGCUGACGGCGACACGCCGCUGCACCUGGCGGCCAGGGCGGGGAAGGUGGAUGUGGUGGAGCUGCUCAUCAGCCGCGCCAGCGCAUGGCCUGAGGAGGAGCCGCAGCACUCCCCUGCAGAGAGCGCGCGGGCCGGGGGCCCUCUUCAUGACCAACAACAUCGGUGA